UACGUAUCUCUACAAAUAAAUACAAUUCGAACCAUGCCCAGUGAUAAUUGCCUUGCAUUCACGAUCUGGAUCAAAAGGGAUAAAACAAUGAGCUAAUGUGUAUAAAUACAUGUGUAACAGGUCGAAUAUAUAUGCUACCGGAACAUUUCUUACCGUUUGUGAACACAUACAUAUGUACAUAUAUAUAUGAUGCAUUCAAACCGUGGUAUUGAUACAAGCUCUGACAGGUUUUCCAGUAGAACAUCAGUAUACAACUAUCCUGAACAUUUGAAUCCAUUUAACGAUGAAGACAAUCAUAAGCGCUUACGGUUUUGGAGAUUAUCAAAAUCCAAUGAAAAUUCGAAACAAAGAAGUUUCUCUAUUGGAAACUUGCGAGACAUCUGGAAUUUUAGAUCAUUUAACUUAAAAAAGAAAUCAUCGACUUUGGGUAUUCAGAAAACAUCUGAAAGUCCCCCUGUCUUGCGGAGAAGUUUUGGACCAAACACGCCGUAUUUUCAUCCAGGAGAACAGAUCGCAGGCAGACAUUCUAUGCAGAAUUUAAAUGUCCCUUUUAGUGCGGCAUCGAGCAAAGUAAACGGCAACCCUUAUCAACGUAGCACUAAUUUUGAUAGAUGCUCAACGCCACAGCCUCAUCAUUACCAGAGAAUCAGAUCUUCGUACUCUAGUCUAUCGAGCACUAAUCCAUUUGAAAGUGAAGUUGAGUCUGAUGUUAAUCAUAGUGGAUGCUCUACAGUUGGUCUUCGCCCAAAAUCUUAUCGAAAAAAAAAGAGGAAAGCCCCGUCAGUUCCGACUAAAAACAUGGUCACGGAUCCUUUAAACGAUCCUGAAAAAAACUCGAUUGGCUCCCCUCAUAGUCCCAAUAUGGAAGCUAUGGAUAUAAAGUCACUUACAAGUGAAAUAGAGAGAUUUGUACACAGAGAUGAGACUUCGAUAAAUAAAUCACUUACAUCGAAAUCUUUAUUGGACUCCGAAACGGCACAAAGUGACGCAGCGGAUAUUAGCGUAUUAAGUAUCACUGAAAAUGCCAAUAAUAAUACAUCUAAUGAGAAAACAGUUUUUCAUGCGAAAGAAGACAGUUGUGAAAAAAUUACUGUACCAUAUAAAAAAAAUCUUAAAACCUGUGACGUUGCGGAUAUUAGCGUAUUAAGUAUCACUGAAAAUGCCAAUAAUAAUAUAUCUGAAGAAAUUGCUGUACCAAAUAUAGAAAGUCCUAAAACCUGUGACGCAGCGGAUAUAAGCGUAUUAAGUAUCGAUGAAAAUACCAAUAAUAAUAUAUCUAUAGAAAACAAUAUUUGUCAUGCGAAAGAAGACAAUUCUGUAGAAAUUGCUGUACCAAAUAUAGAAAAUCCUAAAACCUGUGACGCAGCGGAUAUAAGCGUAUUAAGUAUCGAUGAAAAUACUAAUAAUAAUAUAUCUAUAGAAAACAAUAUUUGUCAUGCGAAAGAAGACAAUUCUGUAGAAAUUGCUGUACCAAAUAUAGAAAAUCCUAAAACCUGUGACGCGAACAGUAGCUCAAUGCAAGCGACAAGUCGAAGUUAUGAAAAUAAUUUCAGUUGUUUGGAAAAUAAAAGUUAUAAAAAUAAUAACAUCGUUAGAAGUUCUGAAUAUUUCAACAAACCAUUAACUAUUUUUGAAAAGUCAGAGAGCGAUGUUCACCGUUCAGACAAAAAAUCAAAAACUGAAAAGGCUAAAUCUGUGAAAGAAAUAAUUGAUUCUAUAAAUCGUAGCCAACAAUUACUUAAAGAAAGUGCUGCUAAAGGUACAAAGGUAUAUUCAACUUCUUUGUAUACUAAAAGCAACAUAACACCAACUGAUGAUCACAACAAAAAUAAUGUUACGAUAGACAAUUCUUCCUUUGAUAACCAUUUACAUUUACAACAAAGUGAUUUUCAUAAAAAUAAAAUAAAUAAGAUAGUCUUUGAAUGUCGAGAGUCGUCACCAACCUCAUCAAACUUAGAUUGGAAUCCUGUGCCAAAACCAAAAAGAAUUAAUAGUGAUCUGACAAUAAAGGAUAUAAAUGAUCCUUAAAAUUGCUACAAUGUUUAUAAAUAAAUAUUUAUGAAGAUAAAAAAGUAGAAUUCUGCAAUAUAAUGUUCAACAUUGAAUCCUUGUAAUCCUUGUAUCAAAUUAUUUAAAAUUAGCCGUUGAAUGUGUGUAAUCUCUAUUGCUUGCAUAUUUUGUAAUAAGACUAAGAGAUAAAUAUUUCCGCUGAAGUGAUAAAAGUUAUGUUAUUUUUUUGUUAAACUCGCUCACAAAGUAAAAGCACUAUUUAAAUAAGCAAUCCUUUAAUUAUAUUUAAAAAAAAAAAACAAU